CACACACACACACACACACACACACUCCUCACUCACUCACUACUUCUCUGUCUAAAACUCACUGAAAAAAAGAAAAAGGAAAAAAACCCUCUUUCUAUUUCCAGAUCAAGAACCCCAUCACAUUUCUACAUUUUCUUUUUUCUCUCUAUACAUUCCCCAAAAAUAUAUAUUUUUUUUAAAAAAAUAUAAAGAAAAGGAGAGAGAGAAAAGCAUAGUUAGUAUCACUGAGAAGUGAGAAACAGCUUUUUGUUUCCUUCAAAGAAAAAUGAAGUUCUGAAAAGACAAAGUCUUAGUUCCAUCUCUGCUAAAAAUAGAAAGAGAAUGCUUAAUGGAAUCUUUAUCUUUCAAGGCGGUGAUAGAUGUAUGGAAUUUUGAGGAUUUGGAGGCCUUGAAGUUGAAUUAGUUGACAGAAGCCGAGGGGAGUUGCUUUCGAUGUCAGGAGCUUCAAGGGUAAGGUCAAUGAAUGUAGCUGAUUCAGAAGCAAGGCCAGUUCUUGGACCUGCUGGAAAUAAGGCACAAAGGUCACCCGGUUCAAGAAAAUCCCUUUCGAAACCUACGAGAAAGGCAGUGAAGUCAAAAGAGGAAGUUGAGAUGGAAGAUAAAAAUGGUCACCAACCAUCCCCUUCGUUGCAUUCUUUUGAUGUUGUUCCUUCGAUACUUAGGCGACAGGAGUCGUUGUAUUCUAACCUGUCACUUAGUGCUUCGUGUUCUUCUGAUGCUUCAACGGAUUCAUUUCACAGCAGUGCUUCAACUAGUAGGAUAUAUAGAAUGAAUAGUAUCUCAAGUAGAAGGAAGCAGUUGGCAUCGAAGUCCAAAAGGAUUGUUUCAGAUGAUAUAACAAACUCUUCAAUUGACAGUUUGCAAACGAAGAAAAGAUGUUCCUGGGUGACACCUAAUACAGAUCCAUCUUAUGCUAAUUUCCAUGAUGAAGAAUGGGGAGUUCCAGUCCAUGACGACAAGAAACUAUUCGAGCUCCUUGUCCUUUGCGGGGCAUUGGCUGAACUGACAUGGCCUUCCAUUCUUUGCAAAAGGCAUAUAUUCAGAGAAGUAUUUGCAGAUUUUGAUCCCAUAGUAGUGGCCAAGUUGAACGAAAAGAAGACUUUAGCUCCUGGAAGUACAGCAUGCUCACUAUUAUCUGAACUUAAACUGCGAGGCAUCAUUGAAAAUGCUCGUCAAAUGUUGAAGGUUAUAGAUGAGUUUGGAUCAUUUGACAAGUAUAUCUGGAGCUUUGUGAACCACAAGCCUAUAGUAAGCGGAUUUAGAUAUCCUCGUCAGGUUCCAGUGAAGACAUCGAAAGCGGAUCUGAUUAGCAAAGACCUAAUAAGGAGAGGUUUUCGGGGCGUGGGACCAACUGUGGUCUACUCUUUCAUGCAGGUUGCUGGUAUUACAAACGACCAUCUUCUUAGUUGCUUCAGAUUUCACGACUGUGUGGAAUCUGCUGAAGGUAAAGAGAAGGAUUCAAUCAAAGAUGAAACUGAAGCAACACAAGCCAAUGAAGCCAUCGAAACAGAGAUAUGUAGAUCGAUCGAUGAUUUGAGUUUCUCCUCGUAGUGAUUAUCAUCUUUGUGUUAUUCGGUGAUAUAAAGACUUGUAACAACUGGUUAAAUUCACAUAGAUUAGCUGCAAAACUGGUUGUGUACAGAAAUGAGUCAAUAUCUAUGAAUCAUAGAAUUCUUAGA